ACAUCGGAAACUGUGGCGUACGAUCGAGACGCCAUUGUUGUUGAUGAAGAAGAAUUCUUGAAAGGGAAACGGUCCUCGUUACUGUCCAUGCUUUUCUUUACAGUGAACUGUCAUUGUAAUUAGGUUAUGCCUGUAUGCAAUUCGAUUCAAUGUGCAAGUUUUUGGAGCCAAUUGGAUUGUGAAGCUUUGAGCCGUCAAGUGCAAGUAUCGCUGAGAUCUGGCUGAGAUUUCUCUGUCCGGUAUCAUCGAAUCACAUCAAUUCGUCGACAUAUUCAUGCAGAAUUUUGCUGAUUUCAACUGAUGAUAUCUCUGGAAUGCACCGCCUACAAUACAUUUGUCUUCAGUAUUUUAGCCUGACGUUUCAUGUUUUCCAAACCAUGCAAACUGUGUUUUAAUAUCGAAUUGAAUUGACCCUGCUUUUAGGACCACAAAAACAAUAGUUAGGCUCUUGAAUUCUUAUCCUGAAAAAAAAAUAGAAAUUUGGAUCGCUUUGAACAGUUGAUACUCACACUCCAGAGUCCAGUGCCUGUCACCAGUCGCAGUCUAUAGUUUCAAGAGCAAGAGAGAGAGAGCAGAUUAACGUUCCCAGUCCUGGAAUUGAGAUAUGACUUGUGUCUUCGGGACAUUGACGAAGGAAAUUAUGGUUCACAUUGAUGCCGAUGUCGAGAUACCUCAUCUCGAUUAAUUAAUCUAAAAACACCAGCUUCUCAGAACUUCAAAGUCGUUUUCUUUUUGCAAUCUAACUUACAUUGUCAUUAUGACAGCAAGUGUGGUAUUAUUUGAUCAUUUUGACAAGAUUCGAGCCGGCUGAGCUUCCAUGUUACACAGUCUUCCAACACAAAGCAUCUUUUGGGGAUAGGAUCCCACUUCAAACUCUUUAGACCUUAAAAGGUCUGGACAACUACAAAUUUUAAUUCGGGAACACCCAGGGUUUCCAAAGGUGAAGCUAACACCACGGAAGGUAGUCUAGACCAGUUUAACAUUUUGAAAUAAGAUUAAGAGGACUUUUAACCAUCUCCCGAAGCUUAGGAACAAGACCUUGAUUUUAAGUCAGAAUUGGACUGACGCAUUUUGUGAAAGAGAAAUUUUGUUUGCUACCUGAAAACAUGCCAAAGAGGAAGCAUCGAUCCAGUCGCCAUUCAGAGAAGCCGGGAUGUCUUGUUCACUGGUUUCGUAAAGGACUCCGUCUUCAUGAUAACCCGUCCCUGAAAGAGGGGCUGAAAGCAGCGAGUGGAUUCAGAUGUAUUUAUAUUCUUGACCCUUGGUUUGCUGGUUCCUGUAGCAAAGGGGUCAACAGAUGGAGGUUUCUGUUGGAAUGUUUAGAGGAUCUUGACUCCAGUCUUCGGAGGCUUAACUCCAGACUAUUCCUCAUCCGAGGCCAACCAGCAGAUGUCCUCCCAAGACUUUUCAAGGAAUGGAAGGUCACGCAGCUGUCAUUCGAGGAGGACAGCGAGCCGUUUGGAAGAACUCGAGACAAGGCAAUCAGCACCCUCGCCCAAGAAGCUGGAGUCAAAGUUAUCUCCCAGGUAUCGCAUACGCUCUACGACCCCCAAGAAAUCCUUGCACUGAACGAUAAUGAACCUCCGCUAACGUACAAACGUUUUCAAGACAUCAUCUCGAUGAUGGGUAUACCUGUCUACCCGGUCGAUGCGCUCGAGGCCGAAGAUGUCGAGGGACUUGAGACUUUCAUCGACCCCAACCACGAAGAUAAAUACGGCAUUCCUACCCUUGAAGAAUUGGGGUUUGAUCAGGAAGAUGUUCCUCCUCCUAUGUGGAUAGGUGGUGAGACUGAAGCCAAGCAGAGACUUGAUCGUCAUCUUGAAAGGAAGGCAUGGGUCGCCAAUUUUGAAAGGCCCCGGAUGUCUCCCGCCUCUCUGAUGGCGAGCCCCGCCGGCCUGAGCCCCUACCUCCGUUUCGGUUGUCUCUCUCCAAGAACUUUCUACUGGAAAUUAACCGAGCUCUACCAAAAGGUUCGCAAGACGACACACACUCCAUUAUCCCUCCACGGUCAACUCCUUUGGCGUGAGUUUUUCUUCACAGUGGCCUGUAAUAACAGCAUGUUUGACCGCAUGGUGGACAACCCCAUCUGUAUACAGAUUCCGUGGGAUAAGAACACAGCUAUGCUCAACAAAUGGGCAAACGGCGAGACGGGAUAUCCCUGGAUUGAUGCAAUCAUGACCCAGUUGCGUCUCGAAGGUUGGAUUCAUCCGCUGGCCCGACACGCUGUGGCUUGCUUCUUGACCAGAGGUGACCUCUGGAUCAGCUGGGAAGAGGGUAUGAAGGUCUUUGAUGAGUUUCUGUUGGAUGCCGACUGGAGCGUCAACGCUGGGAACUGGAUCUGGUUAUCCUGCAGCUCAUUUUAUCAACAGUUCUUCCAUUGCUACUGCCCUGUCAAGUUUGGUAGGCGGACAGACCCAAACGGUGAUUACGUCAGGAAAUAUCUCCCAUUUCUCAAGAACUUCCCUUCAAAGUACAUCUUCGAGCCCUGGACAGCACCCCUGGAGGUCCAAGAAAAAGCAAAGUGUAUUAUAGGCAAGGACUAUCCGCUCCCAAUCGUGGACCACGCGGAGGCGUCUCAUCGGAACAUCGAGAGGAUGAGGAAGGUCUAUAAUAACUUGUCGCGGCACGGCGGACCAGGAAUAUUGGGAUCAGUGCCAAGCUCCAAAGCAGCAUCUGCUCCUCCCAAAGUGGGUAAACCCAAUGUGUCUUCUAAGCUCAUGCCAGAGCACCAGCAGCAUCAGCAACAGAUCCAGGAAGCUCCGGUGGCACAAUCUCCAAACAACAGCAUCCUCAUGCCACGACCCAGCAAGAUGCGCUUCAUGGGUAUGGGAAUGGGCCACAUGCAGAUGCCUUUCAGCAGAGACACCGGAAGCAACAUGGGCGAACCCAGCGGCAUCGGGGGAGGUGGUGUCGGAGCGGGUGUCAGCGAAGUCUCGGUUGUUCCAGACGUCAGGGGCAUGGAGGUCAGUGGGUUGAACGUGACGGAUGUUACGAGUCAUCUACCGGGAAGCAGCAGUAGUACCUUGAGCUAUCAACCAUCUCUGGUGAUACAGCAGCAUCAACAACAUCAACAGCAUCCGCAGCAACAUCCGCAGCAUCAGCAGCAACAACAACAUCAGCAACAACAACAGCAGCAGCAUCAGAUGAGUCAACAACACAUGCCAGUCACGAUCACUGGCUUGAGUCCGAUAGAUGUCCCUGGCACCUCAGGAAGCUUGCUCAAAGAACUCGAAGGGGCUGAUUGGCAGUCCCACUGGCAGUUUACGAAUCAAUGACAUUCCAUCUCCAAGAGAAUUGAGGACAAGCAGCUUGUCAGUUCCUUCAGCUACCUACCGUUCUUUGAUUAUCAUAUAGUUUCUAUAAAUAUGUACAUCUGUUGUUUAUCAGGAAUUGAAUCAGUGUACCGUUUUUCUGAUAUGCGUGUGGGGACCACACUGAAUUUCAGAGUUGAAAAUGUAUGUACAGUUUUUUCGUUUCUAAUGGAAUUAAAUGAUAUGCUCACUUGAACAUGUAUACCAAUGCACUUGAUGAAGAAUUUCUGCAGUUGAUAUUGUGUAUAAAACCAUAGAGUUAUAUGAUCAUGUCAAAGUCUUAUUGUGAUUAUUGUUUAUAGAAUUUCCAUGUGAAGUGUUCAUUGUCUCUCACAACAGGAUGUAUAUUGACAUUACAGAUCGUCUGUAAUGUGUCUCUAAACAGACUAACAGAUUAUUGUAGUCCUUGAGCACAUUGCGUGAAAGUUUUUUUCUCUCUCUGGCAGCAUACUCGUCUGAACAUGAAAGAUACCCAAUAUUUUCUGAUAAAAUCUAAUGUAAAGAUAAGAACACGACUAUCAGA